AUGCCGUUCAAGGAGCUGAGACACUACGACGUCGACGAUGUUGCUAUCUGGCUAGGAUGUAUCGGCCUUGGAACAAAAGCGGAGGCUUUUCGUGAACACGCUGUCGACGGUGACAUGCUUCUCACAUUAACUACGGAAGAUCUGACUGGGGAUCUGGAUAUGAGCAACCUACAAGCGCGAAAGGUCCUCACAUCCAUCGAAAGCACGAAAGAGAUCAUCGAGGCUCAUUCCUUAGCCGACGUAAACGAUACCGCAUACUACAACAAGAUUAUUUCGGAUCUGGAAGCGGAAAAUGCUUCGUUAAAGGCCAAACUCAACCCCCACCAAGUUCAACCCGCACCCAUAGCGCAAGCGACUCCUGUUCAGGCUGCUCCAGUUUCCGCACCACCUCAACCAAAGCCUCGGCAACCGACUGUGUUGGGUGGCGCUGGCACGGGGGCUGCUCGAGGUGCGGUGAGGGGAGCCAUCGCUGGAGCCAUUCUCCCAGGAAUGAAGGCCCGCGAUGGAGCGAAAGCGGGAGCCGCAGUGGGUGCGUACUCUGGGGGUGUCCGCGCCGCCAAAGGUCGUCGUUUCGGGUAAACAAUGCACAGAUAGCAUUCCCGCUGGUUUACAGGACACGUAAUCUUGGGUAACACGCCGUGAAUGAGUGAUGAGUCCGUCAAUCCAUUUCGAUUUACAAUAAGUGUAGCAACCGCAAGCCUACAAUUACAUUAGUUUUGGUUUUCUAAGU